AUGCCAACCUACCUCCUCGAGAUAGAUCUGUCCGCUAAAGACACCUUUGAACACUUCACCCAACUUGUCAAAACCCUCUCCAAAAAUCCACCUGAUUCCGACACCCAUUCCGAAUUAUCAGAAGCUGAUUCUGUAGGCCUUACGCAUGAUCCUGUAGAAAGUGGAAUAAUCGUCAUCCAUUCCCACACCCUAGCAACCCUCACCAAGAUCCUAGAACCCCACCUCCCUUACUUCCCCAUCGCGCCAAAAGUUACUCAGACGUCAGAGAAAGGAGUCUACGAUCCUGCUGGAUAUCCUGUGCAACAACUUUUGAUCUACGUACCGUUGGAUUCUGAGUCAGAUGAUACAGCUAGUGCUAAUGUCGACGGGAAUGAAGAUGGUGGAGAAACAAAAAUUCAGAAAUUGAAGACAUUAUUUGAUGCAAAUUCAAUUCAACUUGAGCGGGAGGGGAAAGUAAGUGGGAUGCGACAGAGUGAAAUUAUUAUGCCUUCUUCAUCUCCAGUAUCCUCUUCAGAAAUACAGUAUGAGGGUCGAAAAUGUAGGGUCUGGAGUGUUUGGCUUACGUGGGUGUCGGCGAAGGGAAGGUAUCAUGAAGGUCGUGAUGAUAGAAAGGGCGGAAAUGUUGCAGAUGAGAAAGAAAGUCUUGCAGAGCAGAUUGAUUGGAAGAAGGUGGGGGUGUUUGGGUGGGAUGAAAGAAAUUGGAUGUUCAGCAGUUUGGGGGGGUUUCUGGCGAAAGAUCAGGGCAGUUGUGGUGUCAUGUGA